UCUUUAAUUACCAGACUACAAGGAAGAGGAAAGCGGAUUUUUUUUCUUACAAGAACACGUUUUCGAUUUUAUGACGUGUUGAAAGAAUUGUAUUUCUAUGAUAUGCAAUUGUUUCUAAGAACACAAAACUGUAUCAAGUCACUUUUAACCACGCUUUGAGAGAAAAAGUGUCGACGAGCCAAAAGAGAAGGCCUCUGCUGACCUCCGCAGUGACAGAAUGAUGGUUACUGGGGCAGACCUGGAGAAGAUGGCUGAAAUAGAGUUACAGAAAGAAGAGGAAGAGCAAGAGCAACUAGGAGAGAGUCCAGGAUCCAUAUCAGGAGCAGCGUGUGACUACAAUCACCCUUACUAUGAUGUGGCACGACAUGGGAUUCUGCAAGUCACUGGGGAUGACAAUUACGGCAGGAAGCUGAUUAUCUUCAGCAGCUGCUGCAUGCCUCCUUCCCACCAGCUCAAUCACCAGAGACUCCUUGAAUACUUAAAAUACACACUGGAUCAGUAUGUGGAGAGCGAUUACACCAUUGUCUACUUUCACUACGGACUCAGGAGCCGCAAUAAACCCUCCCUUGCGUGGCUUCGACAGGCCUACAAGGAAUUUGACAGAAAAUACAAGAAAAAUUUGAAAGCUCUGUAUGUUGUCCAUCCCACUAACUUUAUCAGAAUCCUAUGGAACAUAUUUAAGCCCCUUAUAAGUCAUAAAUUUGGGAAGAAGGUUACAUACGUCAACUAUCUGGGUGAAUUAAGAGAGCAUCUUAACUACGACCAGCUUAUUAUUCCACCUGAAGUCAUGAGACAUGAUGAGAAGCUGAGAGCUGCACAGAGAGGAGGUCCUCCACCUCCUAUAAAGACGCCCCCCCCUCGGCCACCUCUCCCCACACAGCAGUUCGCGGUGAGCCUGCAGUACAUUCGAGAGAAAAACAAAGGACUGUUAAUCCCCCCAGUGAUGUCUCAAACUGUGUCCUAUAUUCGAGAGAAAGGGCUUUACACAGAGGGCAUUUUUAGAAGGUCAGCCAGAGUCCAGCUUGUUAAAGACAUUCAGAAACUGUACAAUGUAGGAAAGCCUGUGAACUUUGAUGACUACAACGACAUCCACGUCCCUGCUGUCAUCCUGAAAACCUUCCUACGAGAGCUGCCUGAGCCGCUGCUCACCUUUGAACUCUAUGAGCAAAUCCAAGAUAUAAUCAGAGUGGAGAGCAGUCUGCGAGUAAAAGCAUGCAAAGACAUCAUAGAGAGUCUGCCAGAACAUAACUUUAUAGUGCUCAAGUACCUUAUAUGCUUCCUGCACAUGAUAUCACAGGAGAGCAUCAGAAACAAGAUGAAUCCUUCCAACCUUGCCUGCGUGUUAGGAGUGAAUCUGAUCUGGCCUCCACAAGGAUCUGUCUCCCUGAGUGAACUGAACCCCCUGAACAUAUUCACAGAGAUUCUCAUUGAACACUACCACACUGUCUUCAGCACUCGCUCACCACCAAAUCAGGUACUACCCUGACCUAGCAGCUGCAGAGGAGUCAUACCCUAAAAAUAAAAGAAUUCAGCUCAGAGGAAA